AUGCCAAAUUUAAGUCAGAAAGUUCUUAAAGUCACCCAAAAAUGAAAAGUUGGAAAUCCUAACUUUUUUUUUUGGAUGGCUUAAAGCCAGUUUCGUUGACCAUGGAAAUUACUUUUAUAUCCCUUAUAUUUUAUUUUAAUUCCCAAAGUGCCCUCACAGCUAAAGCCCUAAAAUUCACCCUCAUUUUUUCACCAACAACGCAGCCUCCACAUCUCUGUUCAUCAUCAUCUACAACAACGCAUCAUCAUCAUCCACGAUCUCUGUUCCUAAAAAAGCUUCAUCUGAUUACUCUGCUUGGAUUGCUAAACAGAUUUUCAAUCUUGGUGACUAUUUGAUUAAAUGGAGAGUUGGGAUAUUAGCAAUGUGGUAUCUCCUCAUUUAAGUGAUUUGUUAGAUGACGAAGAUCAAGAACUAGAAGAGAUUCGGAGAGAGCAAGAUGAGGAGUGGAUGGCUUUAUGUCGUAUAACAGUAAAUACAUUUUAAUGUAUUGUGAAAAAUACUUAUGCAAAGAACCUUGUCGUACAUCAAUGCGCUCUUGUGAUCAUUGAUGGCACACAUGUUAAAGCUAGAUUACCGCAAGGUCAAGAGAUACCAUAUAUUGGACGUAAAGGUUAUCCGACUCAGAAUAUUCUCGCCGUUGUUGAUUUUAAUAUGUGUUUUACAUUUGCAUGGGCUGGAUGGGAAGGAGCAGCUCACGAUAGUCGUAUAUUUGCCGAGGCCCUUCGUAGAGAAGAGCUCAACUUUCCACAUCCACGCGGAAACAAAUAUUAUCUAAUUGAUGCAGGAUAUUCACACAUGAAAGGAUACAUGGCUCCAUACAAAGGAAAUAAUGUAAGAUAUCACCUAGCUGAAUUUCGCCGCGGUGCAACUCGACAAUUGCGAGAGCCAACAGGACGCAUUGAGAAAUUUAACUAUUUACAUUCUUCUUGUAGAAAUGUAGUAGAGCGCACAUUUGGCGUUUGGAAAGCAAGAUGGUCUAUUUUGAGAGACAUGCCAUACUAUCACAUUGACACACAAAGGGACAUCGUGCUUGCUACUAUGGCCAUUCACAAUUAUAUUAGAAAGAAAUGCAAUGUGGAUGAUGCAUUCCAAACAGCCGAGAAUGAGAGCUAUAUUCCAUUGGUUGAUUCUAAUGAUAUUGGCACAACUUCAAGAGCUAACAAUGUAGAUGUCGAAGAUGUAGGAGAACAAAAUGAUGUCUAUUGGAUGGGGUUUCGUGAUAUGAUUGCUAGUCACAUUUGUAAUGCUUGAUGCUUGUAUUAUAUGAAUAUUUUUCACUUCUUGUAUUUAUAGUGGAGUGUUUUCGGUUGUAUUAGCACUUUUAUUUUGUGUCAAAUUCUCCAUCUUUGACACCCGUGCUUUAUUAGAUGCUAGUUAUGUUGUGUAUAGGCUUUAGUCAAUAGUAGAGUAAUAUGGUUAAAUAGUAUGACAACCUUAGUCAUUUGUUGAAAAUUUUGCAGAUUAAUGA